CCUUGGUGUCGAGGCUGCAUUGCCUGCGCACAUCGUCUUCGCCCCGGACACCCGCUGCCACAACUUAUCGCAGGUGGCGCCGCGCGGCCAAAGCUCACCAUGUCCGCUCCGCACGGCGGCUACGGCCAGUACCCGCCCCCGCAACCCGGCGAGCAGUUCACGCAUCCCGACCAAGGCUAUGCGGACCCGACCGCUGCCCCGCCCCCCGCUACCGGCGCACAGCACGCUGCGGAGCAUGGCAAGAAGAAGAAGAGAACAUAUGCCGCCGGCGCCUUCGAAGUCGGCAUGGGGGGCAAUGCCGUACUGGGCGGCCAGGCGCCAGCGGGAGGCCAAUUCGGAGCCCCCGCGCCGGUAUAUGGAGGUUAUCCGCAACCAGACGUCCAGCCCGCCGGCUACGCUGCUCAGCCGCAGCAGCCGUACGGCAUGGCCCAGCCGGCGCCGGCGCCUGCCGUGGGAGGCUACCAGGCCCCGGAGCCGUACUAUCCGACGGCCGGAGCUCCCCCGGCUGCCGGUGGCGUUGCCGGCCUGACCUCCGGGAUGUCGGCCAUGCAUCUCGGCCCCGGCGCCCAGCAGCAGCUGCCGCCUCAGGCGCGCGCUGCUCCCCUGAACCAGCUCUACCCCACCGAUCUCCUCAAUCAGCCCUUCAAUGUCUCCGAGUUGGACCUCCCUCCGCCGCCCAUCAUUCUGCCUCCGAACUCCAGCGUUACUCCUUCUCCGGAUGCGAACUGCCAGCCGAAGUACGUGCGAUCGACGCUGAACGCUGUCCCUACGACGCACUCGCUGCUCAAGAAAAGCAAGCUGCCCUUUGCGCUCAUCAUUCAGCCUUACGCCGCCCUCCACGACCUGGAUGACCCCGUGCCCAUCGUCCAGGAUCAGGUCAUCUCGCGCUGCCGGAGAUGUAGGUCCUAUAUCAACCCGUUCGUGACCUUCCUGGACCACGGCCACCGAUGGCGUUGCAACAUGUGCAACCUCACCAACGACGUGCCUCAGGCCUUCGACUGGGACGCCGCAGCCCAGAAGACCGUGGACCGGUGGCAGCGGCAUGAAUUGAACCACGCCGUUGUCGAAUUCGUGGCGCCGCAAGAAUACAUGGUCCGCCCUCCGCAACCCCUGGUGUACCUCUUUUUGUUCGACGUCAGCUAUGCCGCCGUGUCGACCGGCCUCCUGGCCACAAGUGCCCGCACCAUUCUGGACAGCCUCAACAGGAUUCCCAAUGCCGACCGGCGCACGCGGCUCGGUUUCAUCGCCGUCGACUCGAGCCUGCACUACUUCUCCGUCCCCAAGGACACGGACGAGAACGGCGAGACGAGCAUGCUCGUCGUCAGCGACUUGGACGAACCUUUCCUCCCUGUUCCCCAAGAGCUUCUGGUACCCUUGACAGAGUGCCGCAACAGCAUUGAGAGCUUCCUCACCAAGCUGCCAGAGAUGUUCGCCAACAAUCAGAACAACGGGUCUUGCAUGGGCUCUGCCCUGAGGGCGGGGCACAAGCUCAUCUCCCCUCUUGGCGGCAAGCUUGUUGUUCUCAGCGCGUCCCUGCCCAAUGUCGGCUACGGCAAGCUCGACAUGCGGGAAGACAAGAAGCUGCUGGGCACUUCCAAAGAGAGCGGCCUGCUCCAGACGGCGAGCGGUUUCUACAAGAGCUUUGCGGUCGAGUGCUCUAAGAACCAAGUCUCGAUCGACAUGUUCCUGUUCUCGUCGCAAUACCAGGAUGUGGCCUCGCUGAGCAACCUGCCGAGGUACACGGGCGGCCAGACCUGGUUCUACCCAGGAUGGAAUGCCGGCCGUCCGGAGGACGCCAUCAAGUUCGCCUCCGAGUUCAGCGAUUACCUCUCGUCCGAAAUCGGCCUCGAAGCCGUCCUCCGCGUUCGGGCCACCACCGGGUUGCGCAUGAGCACAUUCUACGGCAACUUCUUUAACAGGAGUUCCGACUUGUGUGCCUUCCCUGCCUUCCCUCGCGACCAGUGUUACGUGGUCGAGGUGGCCAUCGACGAGAACCUGACCAAGAACGUCGUGUGCCUGCAAACAGCCGUGCUGCUCACGACGUGCAACGGCGAGCGCCGCAUCCGCGUCCUGACGCUCGCGCUGCCGACCACCACCAACCUCGCCGACGUGUACGCCUCGGCAGAUCAAUGUGCCGUGACGACCUACUACAGCCACAAGGCCGUGGAAAGGGCGCUCAGCCACGGGCUCGAGUCUGCCCGAGACAUGCUGCAGAGCAAGAUUACCGAGUUGCUCCAGACCUUCAGGAAGGAAUUGGCUGGCGGCAGCAUGGGCGGCGGCCUGCAGUUCCCGGCCAACCUCCGCGGCCUGCCGGCGCUGUUCCUGGGCUUGAUCAAGCAUGUCGGUCUGAGGAAGUCGGCGCAGAUCCCCUCGGAUCUCAGGUCUGCGGCCCUCUGCCUGCUCUCGACGCUGCCCCUGCCCCUGUUGAUGCAGUACAUCUAUCCCCGCCUGUACUCCCUGCACGACAUGCCCGACAACGCGGGCGUUCCCGACCCGGAGACGAGCCAGAUCGUGCUGCCGCCGCCCCUGAACCUGUCAUCCGAGAGGUUCGUGCCCUACGGCCUCUACCUCAUCGACGACGGCCAGACGCAGUUCCUGUGGGUCGGCCGCGACGCCGUGCCGCAGCUCCUCAUCGACGUGUUUGGCGUGACGGACCGGGCGCAGCUGCGCGUCGGCAAGGGCUCGGUGCCGGAGCUGGACAACGACUUCAACGAGCGGGUGCGCGCCGUCAUCCAGAAGAGCCGCGACCACAAGUCGAGGGGCGUCGGCAGCAUCGUCGUGCCGCAUCUGUACAUUGUCCGCGAGGACGGCGAGCCGAGCCUCAAGCUGUGGGCUCAGACGCUCCUGGUGGAGGACCGCGCCGAUCAGGGGAUGAGCUACCAACAGUGGAUGGGGUCGCUGAGGGAGAAGGUCAGUCUCUGAUGGCGAUAGCGCCUCUGCGGCGGGAUGCAACUUUGUAGUUCGUAGUGCUGAUGUUUCUUGGUCUUGAACAGGUUGUUCAAUAAUCCAUCCAGCCUUGUGGUGCUGGGGGAAAAGUGAAUGCUUUUUUGUGUUGAUGCAUGGUUAAUGUGUGGGUGAAUAGAUGUUACACAGCAAAGGUUUACAGAUAAGACUGGAGUUGCAGCCGUUUGAUAACCGCGUGUCGUUGCUGU